GUCAUGUUAUUGUUGCUACUGCUUUCAAUAUUAGUGUUGCCAAUCGCUGGAUCAGUCUACCAUGGAUGCGUCUUUAGGUCCUAGGAAACUGCAGUGCGACUGAUCCGGAUCAUAAAGCUACUUAUAUUGCACCAUCCUCCACAUUCCUGAAUUUUAUCUCUCUCAUUAAUCUCCUCACCAAGCUCUCUUGUUCACAAGCUGCCUCAUCCUAUAAUCACUGACAACAACCACAGCGAUGGUCACUCCAAAUAUCGCUCUGCUGCUAGCACUUCCCGCUCUCGUUUUUGGUUUCUCCAGAGAUGAGGCCGGCAACGUAUGCCUCGUAGACCCAACACGAUCAGACAUCGUCUACCAUGCCUUCACUUCUAACCUCACUCCUUUUGUCGCCAAGGACGGUCGUGUGGUUACUCUUCCAAAGUCUGAAUCUUCGAACAGCGUGGAACUUUCAAGCUUUUCGUUCGAGAAGCCGCAAGACUCGAACUAUUCUACAGAUGUCUUUCAUGUUGUCGUCAACACCCACCCACCCCAAUACCUUACGGGUUCAGAAGACGGUGGAAUUAUUCUAGACAUAUUCUCGUCCGAUGGUCCCGAAUCCCUCUUCAGAGUAUUCUGCAACGGCACUGUCCGGUCCUUGAGCGAGAUUCUUGUGCCGUCUUCAAAUGACGAUGGUCAAUCGACUUCCAAUACCUCUGAGUCCUCGCAAACCCUACUGUUCAUUCCCACGGUGGACCCCGAAACAAUCACGUUAUCUGCCCGCAGAGUCGAUACCAAGGUUCCUCGCUGCCCCAAGGGAUAUGACAUAGUGGAGAGACCAGGCGCUCCGGAACCAUUCAUCGACGGCUGCCCUUCCGACAUAGCAUCUCCGAUCCCACAGCUAGACUUCGAUCCUUGCUGCACAAGGCACGACUAUUGCUACGGUAAAUGUGACGAAUGCUUCGAGACUUGCAAUAAGGAUUUCGAGAAAUGCAUGAAAGACGUAUGUCGUGACGGGGACCUUGACUUUCAAGCCAACAGAGCUUGCAAGAUUGCAGCCAAGAUAUACGGAAGGGCGGUACAAAAACAGGAAUGGAAGAAAGCCUUCUUGGGAGCUGGGAAUGAGAGGUGCAAUUGCUGCAAGGAUGGCGAGUGCAAGGCGUGGGAUGAACACGGGAAUUUGGAGAACUAAAUUCCCGCCCUGUAGUGACGUGACUGGUGUCUUCGUCGUUAUUCCAAGGCAUGAAGUCCGAGAAAGCUUAGAAGCACAUAUAGACUACAUAGUUGAACCCCGAAUUCCGCAGACCCCUGUUUGUAGCUCUUUUGUCUUGACACAACGCCUUUAUACUCCAAAGCAUACGACAUCAUAUUGUUCGAGAAGCCAACGUACUAAGCAAGCAACCUUUCGAUAUCCGCCAGCCUUGCAUUUUUC